AUGACAUUUCACUUUUUAUUAUUAUUAUCUAGACAAGGUAAAACAAGAUUAACAAAAUGGUAUUCACCAUUCACAAAUAAAGAAAAAUCAAGAUUUACAAGAGAAAUUGGUAAUAUGGUUCUAAAUAGACCACCCAAAUUAUGUAAUUUUUUAGAAUGGAAAGAAUAUAAAAUCAUUUUCAAAAGAUAUGCAAGUUUAUAUUUUGUAGUUUGUUGUGAUAGAGAAGAUAAUGAACUUAUCGUUUUAGAAAUUAUUCAUCAUUUUGUAGAAAUUUUAGAUAGAUACUUUGGAAAUGUUUGUGAAUUAGAUCUAAUUUUUAAUUUUCACAAGGCAUAUUAUAUUUUAGAUGAAUUAAUUAUGGCUGGUGAAUUACAAGAAACAAGUAAAAAGACAGUACUAAGACUAAUCUCACAACAAGAUACAUUAUUAGAGGGUGGCCCAGGUGAACAUAAGGUUGACUUGUAA